AAAAAGAUCCAAACUUUUUAUUUGUUUCCUCUUCUUCUUUCUCUCUCUUUCUCUAUCUUCUCCGUUCUCUUCUCAAUCUAUCUCCCAAUCUACCCACAUUCAUUCCUUGCUUCCUCUUCUUCUCUAAUCACGAGAUCCCCAUCGCUUGCUUUAUCUCUUCUUCUUCUUCUUGUUCUUCAUGUUUGGGUUUUUAUCUUCUUCAAAGGUGUCAGCUUUGGUGCUCUUUUGCUUUGCCCAUGGCUUUCUCUUCUAGCAUACGCCGUUGAUCUAGCACGGAGCUUCAAUAGGAGCUCGUUUUGAAGAGAUCUGAAGAGGAUUUGGUCAUAAAGUCGUCACCUUGGCUUUGAUGUCGCACUCUCAGAAGCUAGGCGCGCUCUCCGACCGGUUCCAUGCGGAUCUUUGUUUGGAUGGGCAUGGUGACAAGCCGGAUUCCAAGGAGUUUGUUGAUCUCGGCUCGCCGGUGUCCCCUCUCCGCAAUCCCCAUGCGGCGCCCACGAAUACUAGUAGUAGCUCCAGUUCGUCCGGCUCCAGCUCCGUUUCCGGCAAAGCGCAGCGCAAUGCGGCCGUCAGGAAAGUCUCUGAAGGUGGCGCCGCAGGUGGGCGGAGUCACUCCGGAGAGCUCUCUGCAUCGGGCGAGAGCAGCCCCACUGGGUUCCCCUCUCGCCCUGGUCACCGUCGGUCAGGGUCGGGGCCUCUGAUUUACACUAGCAGCGGGAGCACUGCGAGCUCGCCGAUGACGAAUGUGCUUCCCGCUGGGAACAUCUGCCCGUCGGGCAAGAUCGGGAAACCAGGGAUGAUGAGCCGGACUCCGGCUAGAAACGAUGUGCUUGGCUCUGGCACUGGGAAUUACGGCCAUGGGAGCAUAAUGCGCGGCGGCGCGCCGAAGGCUGACUCCCCGACGGCGAGUGGGAAGCCAUUGUCGAGCUUGAACCACCCUGAGGCGUUGACGAAAGCCGGCAAUGAGCACUACAAGAAGGGAGAGUUCCUUGACGCGCUCAAGCUCUACAACCGCGCAGUGACGAUGUGCCCGGACAACGCGGCAUGCCGCUAUAACAAGGCGACGGCGCUCACAGGGCUCGGCAGGCUCUCCGAGGCCGUGAAGGAGUUCGAGGAGGCUGUGCGGCUCGACCACGGCCACGGCCGCGCUCACCUUCGUCUUGCCUCUUUGCAUUUGAGAUUAGGACAGGUUGAGAGUGCGAGGAGGCAUCUCUUUGCGUCAUCGGCGCAGCAACCGGACUCUGUUGAGCUUCAGAAGCUGCGGGAAGUGGAGAGGCAUUUGAGAAGAUGCGAGGAGUCGAGGAAGUCUAGUGAUUGGAAGGGUGCAUUGAGGGAAUGCGAUGCUGCCAUUGCAGCUGGUGCCGAUUCUUCUCCUCUGCUCAAUGCAAUGAAAGCGGAAGCAUUUCUGCGUCUUCAUCACCUUAAAGAAGCUGAAUCAGCAAUCUGUAGUGCAUCCAAAUAUGUGCCUUUUUCAUCGAAUCUGCAGACCAAGUUCGUUGGUAUGCUCAAUGAUGCAUAUAUCUACAUUGUGUGGUCUCAUGUUGAAAUGGCAUUGGGAAGGUUUGAGAGUGCAGUUACUAUGGCUGAGAAAGCCAAGCACAUUGAUCCUAGAAAUGUAGAAGUAACAGUGAUACUUAGCAAUGUUAGAUCAGUAGCAAAAGCCCGGCUUGAGGGGAAUGAUUUCUUUAAAGCCAGUAAUUUUGCAGAAGCCUGUAUAGCUUAUGGUGAAGGACUCAAGUAUGAUCCUUCGAACUCUGUACUUCACUGCAAUAGAGCAGCUUGUAGGUCUAAGCUGGGGCAGUGGGAGAAAUCUAUCGAGGAUUGUAAUGAGGCCCUCAAAAUCCAACCAAACUACACCAAGGCACUUCUUAGACGAGCCACUUCUUACAGCAAGCUUGAACGCUGGGUGGAGGCAGUACGAGACUAUGAAGUGCUUAGGAAGGAACUACCUGGUGACAAUGAAGUGGCUGAGGCGUUAUUCCAUGCUCAAGUCGCACUGAAAAGGUCCCGCGGUGAAGAGGUCUCAAAUAUGAAGUUCGGUGGUGAAGUUGAAGAAAUUAAUGGUAUUGAGCAGUUUCGAGCUGCGAUAGCUUUACCCGGAGUUUCUGUUGUCCAUUUUGUAGCGGUGUCAAACACACAAUGUACCAAGUUAGCUCCUUUUGUAGAUCUUCUUUGUAGUAGAUACCCAUCUGUGAGUUUUCUCAAGGUCGAUAUCAAUGAAAUCCCGGCCGUUGCCAAAGCAGAGAAUGUGAUGAUAGUUCCAACAUUCAAAAUCUACAAGAAUGGAACAAAAGUGAAGGAGAUGAUCUGCCCGAGCCAGCAGGUGCUGGAAUGCUCAGUGAGGCACUAUGGCCUUUAGUAUCAAAAACAGGAAUUAGUUAUACUGAUUUUUCAUAGCAUCUCGGACAUUCAAUUCAUAUGAACUUCAGCUCCCAAGUGAACCUCCUAGAUAGCAACUUAUCAAGCGGAAUCAUGGACAAGAGAUAGAUAGGAGCUCAGUUUUUGCAUUUCGUUUCCCCUUGUCUAGUCCAUUCUCCCCCCUUAUUUAGCAUCUUACCCAUCUCAUUUAUUCUUUCCAUUUUCAGCACUUGAUUCACCUUUCGACCUUCUCCAAAUUAGCCUAGGCUAGCUUCAAUUCUCUGCAUAUUCUUCUUGAGAUAGCUUGUUUGAGAGAGAUUGAAUGAGAGCUGAAGGUUAAUAGAAACAUUACAUGUAUAUAGACCAUACACCAAGCAUUUGAGGCCAUUUUGGUUUGGAUGUGCUGCUGCUGCUGCUGCUGCUGCUGCUGCUUGUCCUAGAGAUAGAAGAGAGAGAGAGAGAGAGAAAGAGAGGUCAUUGUUGUUUUUUUUUUUGUUUUUUUGCUGGAGAUGCUGCUGCUGAUAAAUGCUACAAUUUCUAUGAAUAAAAAAGCUUAAAAAUUCUUUAUCAUG